AUGGAGAUCUACAGACUAGACAGCGAUCGAUUCGGCACAGAGAAAUGCGAACACUACAAGAAAAAGGGUUACUGCAAUUAUCCCUCUUUCAAGUAUUUCAAGUGCCAGAGAACUUGUAGUAUUUGUGAAGUUGAUGGAAACUGGGGCAAUUGGGGCUCGUGGAGUGAAUGUUCGAAGAGUUGUGGUGGCGGUCGGCAGGGAAGGAAACGAGAAUGCAAUAAUCCCAAACCUGCAUAUGGUGGCAAAGCAUGUCCCGGUACAUCUGCGAGUUCACGCGAUUGCAACACUGACGAGUGUCCAGUUGAUGGGAACUGGGGAGAGUGGAGCCAAUGGAGCACAUGUUCAAAGUCUUGCAAGCAGGGAAAACAGUCGCGAACACGCAAAUGUAACUCACCGGCGGCAAAGUAUGGUGGGAAGGCUUGCAAAGGAGAUGGAGAAGAGACCAGAGUAUGCAAUAAUGAUGUGCCAUGUCCAGUAAACGGAAAUUGGGGGCAAUGGGGACAGUGGAGUGCAUGUACGAAGACGUGCAAGGAGGGAAAACAAUCCAGAAAGCGUGAGUGCAACUCGCCUACUCCUCAGUACGGUGGAAAAGCAUGUGAAGGAAAGGCAGUUGGAAUCCGUAUUUGCAACGCAAAUGUUCCAUGUCCAGUUGACGGAAACUGGGGAGGAUGGAGUGAAUGGAGUACAUGCACAAAGACCUGUAAACAGGGAAAACAGUCAAGAACACGCAAAUGUAACUCACCAAUUCCUCAGUACGGUGGAAGGAAAUGCGAUGGACAGUCUAGCCAGACUCAGAUUUGCAACCAGAAAGUCCCCUGCCCUGUUGAUGGAAACUGGGGAAAAUGGAGUGAAUGGAGCAGUUGUACUAAAACAUGCAAGCAGGGGAAGCAGUCUAGGACACGUGUUUGCAACUCGCCAGCUCCUCAGUAUGGUGGAAAGAAAUGCGAUGGAGAAGGAAAGGAAACACAAGUGUGUAACGACAAAGUCCCAUGUCCAGUUGAUGGAAAUUGGGGUGAAUGGGGCGAGUGGAGCACUUGUACUAAAACUUGCAGACAGGGAAAGCAGUCCAGAUCUCGUGAGUGUAAUUCACCAGCUCCUAAAUAUGGUGGAAAGAAAUGCGCUGGAGAAGGAAUGGAGACCCAAGUGUGUAACGACAAAGUCCCCUGCCCAGUCGACGGAAACUGGGGAAAAUGGAGUGAAUGGAGCACUUGUACUAAGACAUGCAAGCAGGGGAAGCAGUCGAGAACACGUGAAUGUAAUUCACCUUCUCCUCAGUAUGGUGGAAAGAAAUGUGAUGGAAGUGGAAAAGAAACACAAGUUUGUAACGACAAAGUCCCAUGUCCAGUUGACGGAAACUGGGGAGGGUGGAGUGAAUGGAGCACAUGUACCAAAACAUGUAAGCAAGGAAAACAAUCCAGAACUCGUAAAUGUGAUAGCCCUGCUCCAAAGUAUGGAGGGAGAGAAUGUGAAGGAGAAGCUGAUGAAAAUCAAAUCUGCAACGACAAAGUCCCUUGCCCAGUUGAUGGAAACUGGGGACAAUGGGGCGCAUGGAACACGUGCAGCAAAACAUGCAAAGAAGGAAAACAGUCAAGAACCCGUGCUUGCGAUUCACCAAAACCUCAGUAUGGUGGAAAGAAAUGUGACGGCGAAUCUGGUCAAACUCAAGUUUGCAAUAAGAAUAUUCCUUGCCCAGUGGAUGGAAACUGGGGCGAGUGGGGAGCCUGGACUACAUGUAGCAAGUCGUGUGGAGGAGGAGAACAUUCGAGGAAGCGUUUUUGCAACAGUCCUGCAGCUGCGCACGGUGGCGAGAAAUGUGAAGGGGCAUUUCGACAAAUACGGCCUUGCAAUCAGAACAACUGUCCAGUGGAUGGAAAUUGGAGUGCGUGGAGUGCAUGGAGCACGUGUAGUAAGAGUUGCAAACAAGGGGAGCAAUCGAGAACUCGUGAAUGCAAUUCACCCAAACCUCAGUAUGGUGGUAAAAAAUGCGAAGGCAGCGCUAGGGAGAAAACUGUUUGUAACAAGGACGUCCCUUGUCCAGUCGAUGGAAGCUGGGGCUCGUGGGCUCCUUGGAGUGCCUGCAGUGCCACGUGUGGGUAUGGAAGUCGAGAGAGAAAACGUGUUUGCGAUAAUCCAAAACCAGCCUACAAUGGAAAGUCAUGCGUAGGUAUUGGGCACCAAAAGUCGAGAUGCCACGCCUAUUAUCCUUGCCCUGUCGAUGGUAAUUGGACAAGUUGGGGAGCCUGGACGUCAUGCACCAAGACUUGUGGUCUGGGUUACAGAAAGAGAUCACGUUCAUGUGCAAAUCCUCCUCCACAGUAUGGAGGCUCUGGUUGUGUUGGGCUUAACGACCAGGUGGAACAUUGCAAGGACAAAUCUUGUAAGGGAUUUAAUGCGCUUUCGCCCAGACAACUGAUUCCAAGCAAAGGGCAGUACUUGAAUGAAGGUUUUAAAAACAGUGUACGUCUGAAGAAGUCAUGGAAAUCCAGUGCAUAUGAUAAAAUUGAAAUAAAAACUGUUCAUUCGUUAAUGACAGAACAAACAAAUGAUCAUGUUACAGUGAAGUAG